AUGAAUAAUAUUAUUGGUGAAGUAUUAAAGCUCUUAGAUUCUUCUCUAUCAACAGACUUUGACUAUAGCAAUGUUAAUCAAUCACUAGAUUUCUUAUUUCGCAAAUCAUUUAAUGGUAAGAAAAUGUCUAUAUUAUAUUACUAUGUAGCUAUUAUAUUGUACAAUAUUAUUAUAGGUAGUAGACAUUUUUUUUCAUUUAGACUUCUACAUUAUUUUCAAUGUUUACUGUAUUUCAUUAAGAUUGUCAAUCAGAUAAUAUUCUGGUGUCAUUAUCAUCUGUUGAAGCUGUACUGGAAAAAGUAUGGGAAUCACUUCAUACAGGUGUCUGGGAUAAUGCUUCAGAUGAUAUUCGUAAACUUUAUUCCCAUGCUAGUUUACUCAAGGUAAGCGGUAUGUUAUUAUAUUUCUAUAAUAUUUUAUUAGUUUAUUAUUAUUUUCUAGACUAAAUUGUUGUUGAAAACUUCCAAUAAUGAAAUAGCUCUGAAAAAAACUAUAAAAGCUAUUGAUAUGGGAUUGUUAAUGGGGAAUUCAUUCAAAAAUGAAUUAACUCAAGCUGCAACACUAUUGUGUAAAGCUCUACAGUUAUAUAAUUCUGGUACAAUUACUUAAGAUUAUUCAUAUAAUUAUAUUAGUUGUUAAUACAAAAACAUAUUUUCUAUUUAGUGUCUCCGGCAGCAUUAGUAUGUAAUGACAAUAAAUCAAACGACAAUAAUUGUACACUUGACAGAACUGGUGAUCAUAUUCUAACAAUACAUCAACCAUCAUUAGAAACAUUUUUAAGAGAUUUUCUACAACCUAAAAUACCUGUUAAAAUUACUGGUAAAAUAUAACACAACAUUAUAAUAUAUUUGUUUUUAACAGUGACAAUAAUAUUAUAUUAGAUGCUUCUUAAUAAUUAAUAGUUAAUUGUUCAAAGAUAAUGUAGAUAAUAUAUCAUAAUUUGAUUUUUCACAAUUUUAAAUAAAUCUUGACUUGUAAAAAAUUCUUUGAUUAAUUUAUAAUAUAGGUAAUAUGGAACAUUGGCCAGCAUUAAGCAAAUGGGAAGACUUAAAUUAUCUUAUAAAAUUAGCUGGACCAAGAUUAGUACCAGUUGAAAUAGGAUCAUCUUACACAGAUUCUGAAUGGAGUCAAAAAUUGAUAACUCUUGAAGAAUUUAUUAAUACUCGUAUUCUUGAGAAUAAUGAAAAACCAACAUAUCUUGCACAACAUCAACUUUUUAAUCAAGUAGAUAUAAGUGAGUAAUGAACUAAUUUCCAAUAAUUUUAUUUAUAUGUUAUUGUUAUUUUAGAUUCCAGAGUUGAAAGAUGAUAUCAGAGUCCCAGAUUAUUGUUACUUAACAGAAAAUGAUGGGGAAGAACCUGAUAUUAAUGCAUGGUUGGGUCCCAAAGGAACAGUUUCUCCAACUCAUUAUGAUCCAAAAAAUAACUUUUUAGCUCAAGUACAUUUUUGCCUAUUUAUUUUAAUGAUUAAUACAAGUUUCUCUUAUAUAUUUAAAAUAUAAGUAUAUUGUAUACUAUAAAUAUUUUUCAAAUUUAGGUGGUUGGUUCAAAAGAUAUUAUUUUAUAUGAUCCCAAAUGGUCUAAGUGUUUGUAUCCAUAUGAAGAUAAAUUUCUUAUGAAUACAGCUCAAGUAAAUCCAAUAAAGCCAGAUUUAAGUAAAUUUUCAAAUUUUCCUCAAGCAAAGGCUACUCUUUGUACAUUAAACAAAGGUACAAAUUUAAAAAAUAAAUGUUUGACCAAUAUAUACAUAUUUAUUAUGAACCCUAAAGAACAACACCAAUUAUUUACAAUGUUUAAGUAAUUCAUUUUCAUUAAUCUAUUUUUAUAUUUUACAGGUGAAAUGUUAUUUAUACCACCUGGUUGGUGGCACAGAGUUGAAUCUCUGUCUGUGAGUUUUUCUGUGAGCUUUUGGUGGAAGUAA